AGCUUUCAGACACGGGGAAAGAGUUACCACACGCUCUCAGUGUGCGGAGAGAGAGAGAGGGAGAGGAGGAGGAGGAGGAGAGACAGGGGGAGAGGAGAGCUGAUGCCUGACGAGUCACUCGGCGGAGGCAGAGCGGGCGGUACCACAACUUCCCGGCGGAGCGGCGCGGAGCUGCGCGGCGCGGAUCGGAGCUCGCCGGCCGGAUCGCUCCCAUGUCAGCGCGGCGGUGGGGGACUGCGCUCCGCUAGCGACCAGCCGCCGGCCAACCCCCUCCUCGCCCAGCGAUGUAUUCACUGCUCUCAGCCUGCACUUGCCUAUGUUUACAUUUCCUGCUGCUGUGCUUUCAGGUACAGAUGUUUGCUGCCGAGGAGAAUGUGGAUUUUCGGAUACACGUGGAGAACCAGACGCGAGCGAGGGACGAUGUAAGCAGGAAGCAGCUUCGGCUUUAUCAGCUCUACAGCAGGACAAGCGGGAAGCACAUCCAAGUGCUCGGCAGGAGGAUCAGUGCCAAAGGAGAAGACGGAGAUAAAUAUGCCCAGCUUCUAGUGGAAACAGACACUUUUGGCAGUCAAGUCCGGAUCAAAGGGAAGGAGACAGAUUUCUACCUUUGCAUGAACAGGAAAGGCAAGCUAGUGGGGAAGCCUGAUGGCACCAGUAAGGAGUGUGUUUUCAUUGAAAAAGUCCUAGAAAACAACUACACGGCGCUGAUGUCUGCAAAAUAUUCAGGCUGGUAUGUUGGAUUCACCAAAAAAGGGAGGCCGCGGAAAGGGCCCAAAACCCGGGAAAACCAGCAAGAUGUACAUUUUAUGAAGAGGUACCCAAAGGGGCAAGUGGAGAUACAGAAACCUUUCAAGUACACAACAGUCACCAAGAGGACUAAGAGAAUACGACCCACCAACCCCAGUUAAAAAUAGAUUAAAAACAGUGUCACAAUAAGAAACCACAAAAAGAAAAAAAAAACUGCACCAGAGGAAUAUUUUUACAUUAAAAAUAAGGAAGAAGCUCUAUUUUUGUACAUUGUGUUUAAAAAAAAUAAAAAUAAAAAAAAUUAAUAAAAGACUAGAUGACAAAUGCUGGGGAAAGCUGUCCGGGAUUUAUUGUGACUUGAAAAACGAAAUGAACUGCUCUAUUUAAAUUGACUUCUUGUUGUUGAUGACACACAGGUGCUUAUUUCGCUCUUUGGAAAGGACAACUUUUCAAGCAUGUCCCCAGAGGGAAAAAAAAAGUAAUUAUUAAAAAUAAAUAAAUAAAACCAAAGAAAACCAAAGUUCUUUCCCAAAGUUACUGAGACCCUGCCCCAAAAAGUGCCAGUUUUGCAGUAAUCUAUUUAUUGUCUGCUGCCCGCUGGCCCAAGACAAGAUGGUGUGUGCUGCAGUGAGUGAGUUUCUGUGGAGUUCUCGACGCAUGGAUCUUCUGUAACCUUCCUGACGACAUAAGGUGUCACGGCUCCGUGAUCCUGCAUUAUGCUCAGUUCUGGAGAAUGCUGCUAAAUACAUUCAAGUGACUACAAGAUGACCUAGUACACCAAUGAUAAGGGAAUAUUUUAAAACCAGCUAUAUUAUAUAUAUUAUAUAUAUAUAAGCUAUUUAUUUCACCUCUCUGUAUAUUGCAGUUCCAUGAACCAAGUAUUACUGCCUCAACAAUUAAAAAGAAUUAUUUAAAA